AUGAGCGGCGCGCCGCCCCGCCGGCAUGCACAGACUGCGCACCACCUUCACGCGCUCCCGCACGCCCACGCCAGCAGACAUGAAGACGCAGAGCAGCCUCGAGGUGCCGAAGCAGAUCCAGUUGGAGGCAGCGCGAGGGCCGGGCGGCGGCGGGCUGCUAGCCGCUCCUUCGACUCCGCCGGCUCCGAUGACUCCGGAACUUACCUCGAGGUUCCGCGUCUUUGGUCCAGACGCAGAUCUGGUAAGGGCACGCCGCCACCAUGCGUGCACUGCCGGCACAUGGAGACGUGGCUGGCUCGGCGGAGUGAGGAGCGCGCUACGCCCGAGCGCCCGCCCGCCUCCUCCUCCGCCGAGGAUGAUGAUGACGAAGACGAUAGUGAAACCGACUCACCGAGGGUUCUACUAGCCCCGGUACCAUCACCCAGAACAUUGCUCCCGGCGCCACAGUCGCCGCCGCCCUCACCCGGCGCACCGUCAUUCGAAUUACAACCGCCAACCGAUGAACCACCUAUUCUACCACAAAGACGAAAGUCCAUAUCGAGGCAGGAAGCUUUCUUUGUUGAACCGACUGGAAGUUCUUUAGAAAACGUUAGAGCGUCUGAGCAGGAUGCCAACGAUUCUGCCAGAGAUACUUUCGUGCACGACAUAUACCUCGCCGUACCAGAGUUAAAACGUGACCGCGCCGCGUCUGUCGAUUCGUGUUUCUCGAAAGUAUCGGGUGGAGCUCGCGCGGAGGAACUCAGCGGCACUGGUGAUUCGCUGACAGUGCCCGGUAAUAACUUACGUUCACGAUCCGUGGAUAUUGUGCUACCUACCGCUGAGCAGAGCCGUUACAAAGCGCUCGCGUUGACCUCCUCGCAGGCGCCGGCACCCCUACAACACCAGGGACCUCAAGAAGCUGAUGUUAUUAUCCUACAACCUCUUGACGAAAGAAAGCAGUUCAUGGUCACCAUCGUCUUCUUUUCAUAG